CUAAUAGCAGAACAAAAACCAUUAGUCCCGAAGAACAAAUAUAUUAGCAAAAAGAGAAGCAAAACAUGGCUUUGAAAACCGCCCUUUCGAAUUUGAGCUGUAAGGUUGUAGCCAAUGCUCCAAGAAUUGUGAAGCCAAACUGUAUCCGGAAUUCAUCGACUUAUGACAAGGCUGCAGGAGCUGCAAAACAGGGCGCCAAUGAAGCAGCUAAGGUUGGCCAACAAGCCAAAGAUAAGGCCUCUGCUGCUGCAGGAGAGGUCGCGGGAAAAACGAAAGAUGCAGCAAAAAAUAUGAGUGGUGGAAAAGCUCAGAAAAAUGCAGAAGAGGCAUGGGAUUCUGUUAAGAAUAAAACUCAGAAAAUCAAAGAUACUGUUGUUGGAAAGGCUGAAGAGACCAAGGAGAAUGUCAAACGCAAGAAGUAAGAUGCAUGCAAGCAAGAGCUCUGUUAGUAAUCUAUUGUAUAUAAUCUUGUAUUAAAAUUACAAUAAUUUUAGUGAAAUAUUUCGAGAUUAAUACACUGUACAAGUGAUGUAUAAUCAUCCACUUUGAGAUAUAUAAAGACUCUGCGUUUUGGAUUUU